AUGUCCAGACCACACGACUGGCUGGUUAACCCUCAGUACAGCACUGAUUGUAUCUCAGGAUGCGUUUGUCCUACAAACAUGUUGGCUGAUGGCAAAGGAGGUUGUGUCACCAGUGACCAGUGCACUUGCAUUCACAAUGAUAUCAUAUAUGAUCACAGACAGAGUACCAGAAUUGGCUGUUCUAUGUGCACAUGUAAUAACCAGAAAUGGGAAUGUGAACAGAAUGAUGUUAUGACAGAAUGCACAGUAUAUGGAGAAGGAAACUAUAUAACUUUUGAUGGUAAACAAUACCGAUACAAUGGACAGUGUGAAUAUACUCUGGUGCAGGACUACUGUGGAUAUAAUGUACUGAAUGGAACAUUCAGAAUCAUCUCUGAGAAUACCAAAUGUGGUACCAGUGGCACAACUUGCUCCAAGUCAAUUACUGUUUUGAUAAAUGAUUUCAGACUUGUUCUUAGUGAUGGCAACAUGCAACUGACUAAUUAUGGAGAUCAGCUGGACUCACCUUUCCAAAUUAGAAAUUCCAGUAUCUAUUUGAUCAUUAAAGUGAGUAAUGGAAUAGUCCUCGUGUGGGAUAAGAAGACCAGCAUCAUUAUCAAAGUUACUCCAGGUUUUCAAAAUAUGCUCUGUGGGCUCUGUGGUAAUUAUGAUGGAAACUCAAUAAAUGAUUUUAACACAAGAGGCCACUUCCAAGUAGCUGAUGUGAUAGAGUUUGGAAACAGCUGGAAACUCUAUCCAACGUGUCCAGAAAUAACAUCUGUUCCAGAACCUUGUGAAAUCAACCCAUUUAGGAAAACAUGGGCUCAGAGGACAUGUAAUAUCAUCCUAAGUGAUACCUUCCAGCCUUGUCAUUCUCAGGUGGAUCCAUACAGCUACUAUGAUGCCUGUGUAAAAGAUUCCUGUGGUUGCAAUGAAGGAGGGGACUGUGCUUGUUUUUGCACAGCUGUAGCUAUGUAUGCACAGGCAUGCCUUGCAAAAUGUGUCUGCAUUGAGUGGCGAAAUCCAAAUCUUUGCCCGGUCUUCUGUGAUUACUAUAACAAGGAAGGAAAUUGUGAAUGGCACUACAGAGCAUGUGGACCAACCUGUAUGAAGACUUGUCAAAACCCUUCUGGAAUAUGUACAACUGAUCUAUUUAAAGUGGAAGGCUGCUACCCAAGUUGCCCACCCAACAAGCCAUUCUUUGAAGAAAUUGGCAUGACAUGUGAAGCAGUGUGUGGCUGCUAUGAUCAGAUGGGUAAAUACUAUAAGCCAGGAGAAAUAGUAAUAUCCUGCAACAACUGUGAGAGCUGUCAGUGUGCAAUGGGAACAAUUGAUUGCAAGUAUGAUUUAUAUGUAUCUACCACAACAACUUGUAAGCCUGAAGUCUGCAUAUGGUCUGAUUGGAUCGAUAUUAGCACUCCAACAAGUGAUAUAUAUGGUGGGGACUAUGAAAUACUUGAAGCUAUACGGCUGAAAGGCUAUAAGAUCUGUGAUGUACCCAGGGAUAUACAAUGUCAGGCUGUUGAGUUUCCAUCCACCCCAGCAGAAAUGGGUCAAAAAGCAAUCUGUAAUGCCAGCGUCGGUCUAAUAUGCCACAAUGAAAAACAAAUUUAUGGGCAAUGCUUUGAUUAUAAGAUUAAAGUCUUGUGCUGCCAACCCAGUACCUGUAAAGCAUCAACAAUUGUUCCUACCACAACAACGGUACUGGCGUCAUCACAGUCAUCUUCAGCUAGAACAUCCAUAACAGCAUCUGUUACAUCCAAACAUGCCAGUACAGUUACAUUGCACACAUUAUCAACUUCAAUAAAAUCUACAACUGGAACUGCUAUAACUAAGUGUGCAUGCACUUCAGAUGGAAAAUUAUAUCCUCCGGAUUGUAUAAUAUACACAAUGACCGAUGAAAAUGGCUGUGUAACUUUGGUCAAAUGUAGUCAUACCUGUGAAAUAAUUAAUGAAAAAUUACCAUGCAAUAGAACAACAACAACCGCUGUGUCUACAAUAUCUACAAUCUCAAAAGCAACAUCUAUGCCUUCUGUUACCCCUACAUCCCCAAAAGGUAUGGUGGAUUAA